ACCUCGUCCGGCCAAUCACAGCUAGUCCCAUGAGCUCGGGCAACUGUCCGGACUGAGAUGCCCGGGACUGGGACUGUUAUCUUGGCUACUGGGUCCCGAAGUCCCCCUCCGCCCCGGGAAUUGUGCCCACCAUUUUCUCGGUCCCAGGAGCUCUGGGAAUGUGUCAUCCCCGGUAGAGGGUGCCCGUCACGGCCAACCACAGAGAUCCCGGUCCUCCAGGAUUCUAGAGCGGCCGGCCGAAACCUCCACUGACUUCCGGUGGCUGAGUCUCUCCGCAGCUUCCGGCCAAGUUGGACCGCACCUGGGGGUUUCCUGGCCUGCAGUUUCCAGAGUAUGAUGACCUCUACUGCAAGUACUGCUUUGUGUACGGCCAGGACUGGGCCCCCACAGCGGGUCUGGAGGAGGGGAUCUCACAGAUCACGUCCAAGAGCCAAGAUGUGCGGCAAGCACUGGUGUGGAACUUCCCCAUUGAUGUCACCUUUAAAAGCACCAACCCUUACGGCUGGCCACAGAUCGUGCUCAGCGUGUAUGGACCAGAUGUGUUCGGGAACGAUGUGGUUCGAGGCUAUGGGGCCGUGCACGUGCCCUUCUCACCUGGCCGGCACAAAAGGACCAUCCCCAUGUUUGUCCCAGAAUCUACAUCUAAACUGCAGAAGUUUACAAGCUGGUUCAUGGGGCGGCGACCCGAGUACACAGACCCCAAGGUGGUGGCUCAGGGUGAAGGCCGGGAAGGUAAAGCUCCCUCCCCUCCUCUACCCUCAGCCCCCAGACAGGUUAGAACCUGGGAGUAGAUGGGCCCAGGGUUGGGGUGAAUGCCGGGGACCUGCCAGGCACAUGGGAGCUAGCCCACAAAUGUUCCCAGAUGAGGGCCUGGUUGGAGCACAGAGGGUUUGUCAUGUCUGCCUGUCCUGGCAGCCCCUUUACCUCCCAGUGAGGGGCAUGGGUCAGGCGCUGUUGUCCCCAUUUUACAGAUGAGAACACUGAGGCUGAGAGAUUCCCAGAUCAACCUGGGUCUGUCUCUGCCCCAUCCCAGCCUGACUGAUGCUGUCCUUCUGUCCCCAGUGACCCGUGUCCGUUCUCAGGGCUUUGUCACCCUCCUCUUCAACGUGGUGACCAAGGACAUGAGGAAGCUGGGCUACGACACUGGGCCUUUGGACACACAGGGUGUGUCGCGGCCCAGCCCACCCCAGGGCUUCCCCCAGUGAAGGCUCCACAGGCUGCAGAGUUUCUGAUAAUGAAGGGCUGCCUUCCCGGAGUCAGGCGGCUGGCCAUCAGCCUGAAGGGCAGCCUGGUGGUGGGAGCUGGGGGCACACAGAAUAGUUUUAUAUAAUAAAGUCUCAUUUUCAGAGAGCCUA